GUCUACGUACGAAUCCAUCUAAAUUGGAGGGAAAAAGGCGAAGGAAACCUCCCCUGAAGCUGAAGGAAACACAUCCAGAGAAAGGAAAUGCCGGUGGCACGACCGGAGUCAUCAGAUUCCAGGGUUAUUGCUCAUGUUGAUAUGGAUUGCUUCUAUGUUCAAGUUGAACAGCGCAAGCAGCCAAAUUUAAGAGGACAACCAACUGCUGUUGUGCAGUACAACAACUGGAAAGGUGGGGGCCUAAUCGCUGUUGGUUAUGAAGCUCGCAAAUUUGGCGUAAAAAGAUCAAUGCGAGGUGAUGAGGCAAAAGAAGUUUGCCCACAGAUUCAUCUUGUCCAAGUUCCAGUUAACCGUGGUAAAGCUGACUUGACUGUGUACAGAAAUGCUGGUUCAGAGGUUGUCUCAGUACUUUCAAAGAAAGGUAGAUGUGAGCGUGCGUCAAUUGAUGAAGUAUAUCUUGAUCUUACAGAAGCUGCUGAAAGGAUGUUGGCAGAAACUCCUCUUGAGAGGCUGGAAGCUAUAAAUGAAGAAGCCCUCAAAUCACACAUCCUGGGGCUUGAGAUGGAUGGAGUUGAUGUUAAAGAAAAUGUGAGGAAUUGGCUAGUCAGGCCUGAUGCUGAUCGCCGUGAUAAGUUGUUAGCUUGUGGAGCACUUCUUGUUGCAGAACUUAGGUUGCAAGUAUUGGAGGAGACUCAGUUCACAUGCUCAGCUGGCAUUGCACACAACAAGGUGGAGUAUACUAUACUAUACUUUAUAUCUUUGCAUUUGUGUCCAACAGAAAAUAAAUGCUUGAGUAUCAGCCUUUUUCUUGGUUUCAAGCAGAUUCUGGCCAAACUAGCCAGUGGUAUGAAUAAACCUUCUCAGCAAACUGUUGUGCCAUCUUCAUCUGUAACAAAGCUGCUUCAGAAUUUUCCAAUCAAGAAAAUGAAGCAGCUUGGAGGAAAGCUAGGCACAUCUAUACAGACUGAUCUUGCUGUGGAAACUGUCGGGGAUUUAUUGCAGUUUCCAGAAUCAAAGCUUCAAGAGCUCUAUGGAGUUAAUACUGGUACUUGGUUGUGGAAUAUUGCACGAGGAAUCAGUGGUGAUGAGGUUGAGGAACGUCUUCUUCCCAAGAGUCACGGUGCUGGGAAGACAUUUCCUGGAUGCAGUGCUCUUAGAAGCAUUCCUGCAGUUGAGAAUUGGCUUAAGGAACUUAGCGAAGAACUUAGUGAGCGUCUUCAAUCUGAUUUGGUGAAAAAUAAGCGCAUUGCUCAGUCAUUGACAGUACAUGCGAGUGCAUACAAGUCAAGUGAUAAUGAUUCACAUAAGAAGUUCCCUUCAAAAUCUGGCCCUUUGAGGUAUGGGACUGCAAAAAUUCUAGAAGAUGCCAUUCUGCUUUUUCAGGCUGGCCUUCGUGAAUAUCUUGGGUCACAUAAUCUUAAGACUUCAGGAGCUCAUGAUGGAUGGGGAAUAACUGGUCUAUCUGUCUCAGCCAGUAAAAUAGUUGCUAUUCCAUCAGGAACACGCUCUAUCAGUAAUUAUUUUCAAACCCAAGAUAACAAUGAUGUUUCUGCUAAGGAAACAAAUGAGAGAUUUGACCUAGCUGGUGCUGCAACCUCAUUCCAUUCAGAAAGUGAAAUUUACACAGAAGUGCAUUUUACAGAGCCAGAUGAAUCUCCUAAGAAAGAGAAAGAGGGUUCACAUGCCUUGCGGAAAUGUGGCCUGGUGGACAGCGGGACUCAGACUCAACAAGCUUCCCAGGCUAGCAUAUUUUAUGAGACAGAACCAACUCUUGCAAGAUCGAUGUCUCAGCAAGAUGGAUUUGCUCAAGAGACUAAACCGUCAUCCUCAGGAGCUCGGGCUUGUUCCAAUGCUGAUUACAAUGAAUCAGAGCACUCAUUCCAUAGUGGAGAAUUUGAGCACAACAUACCAAAGGAACCAAAAACAAGUACCUCAAAACAAAAGGGAAGAAUACUGUCAAAUGAGGCUUUAACUCCUGAAUGUUAAAUGUAGAAAUUGAGAUAUUGUUUAAGAAACUGCGUAAAAUUGGAACUCUACCACGCGCAUAACAUUUUUGUUUGCCUCUUUGUAAAAUAACGAUGAAGGAAACACUUCUUUGUUAAGUUCACCAUUCCAUUAUUGUCAUUCUUAUCUGAUGGUAACAUUUGCAGUUCUUUAAUGAUGCUGACUAUUUGAUAUGUAUGAAAGAAGACUAAAUUGAGUCUAAUUUUGAAGAGUCUUAAGAGUGGCUCUGUUUUAGUGAGUUUCCAGGUUAUCAAUUUUCUUUUGGUUUUAGAGGAAGAUUAUUGAAUCUUGUCACGGCUCUAAACAUGGCUGGGAUACACACUAGGGCGAAGUCUGUUACAGAUCUAUGCUACUUUAUCGAAAUGGUUUUAAAGAAUUCUUUUUAAUAAUUUUCUGAAGAGGAUAGAAUCAAUAAUGAAUGUUCUUGGUGUUCUUGCUUUAUGCAAAGAAAAAGUGUGCAUCUAACUCACAAUUUGAUUUGAUCAUUCUGGUUCAUCAAUGAUUUAGCUUUAGUUCC